CGAAAAAAAGUAAUUAGAUUGACAAAACAGAGCAGCCUUUACCAUGAUUCACGUUGGUUAUGCGUGUGUACCACGCGCGAGAAACUCGAGAAUAGCCUCGUUGUAAAGAUCCCGCAUGUCUCACACAAAAAUGGCGGAAGCGACAGGCGAAUUUGACGUUGGAGUAGGUGCAAUGAAAAGCGAAACAGUCGCGGUUAUUCCUGGAUUGGGGGACUUACCAGUCUCUGGUAAUCAAGUAUUAAAACGGAGCAAUCAGUCAGGAAACGAAAGUAGUCACACGCCGCCGUGGGAAGACAGCGACGACCCUAUGCGAGCAGAAGACCAACCGGACUCUUGGUCGCCGCCGCGAGCGAAGAAGAGAAGGCGAUCGACCAAGCGAAAAAGCGACUCUCUUGGAGUAAGGGAGGCGAAAAAUCCUUUGAUGCAACUGAACGAAAUACGGCCUGGUCUUACGUAUAAUAUUACUGUUAAAGGCGGUCAAACACAUUGUCCUGUGUUCUUUGUUUCCGUGAAUGUUGAUGGAAAUACCUUCGAAGGACAAGGCUCAAGUAAACAGAAAGCGAAGCACAAUGCAGCCGAGAACGUUUUAAAGUCUUUCAUUACUCAGAUCCGUUCACCAGUCCAUCAGCUGAUCACAGGAACUCGCGACGUUACCACAGACUUUACUUCCGAUAACACUGGAUCACUUCUAAACACUUUUGGUAAUAGCGAUCAACCGAUGGAGGAUGCAAGUAUGAAUUCAAUUGAAUCUUCACUUCCUCCCCUGGGUGUUACGAAAACUGUAAAGGUGCAAACUGAAGCCGGAAAGCAUCCAGUUUCGCUUUUAAAUGAAUUUCACCCGGGGCUUAAUUACGAGUUUCUCGGUGAAGAGGGAGAACCAAAUGCGAAGCAAUUCAAAUUUAAAGUAACUAUCAAUGGCCAAGAUUUCUCAGGACACGGUAGCAGUAAAAAGAAAGGCAAGGCUAAUGUUGCAUCUAAAGCACUUUUUGCAUUGUACAACAUCCGCACCUUCUAUGCAUUUGGCCAAUCAGAAGCAAGGCUACAACCUGCAUACUUAGAACCUCCACCAUCAGCUCAACUGGAGCAGGUUGCAGCAGAUCUCAUCGCUGAUGCCGUUCUCGCCAAAUUUCAGAGUCUGCAGCCAACUGCAGGGGAACCAAUAAGACGCAAAGUUUUGGCUAGCAUUGUUAUGACAAGUCGAGGUGACAGUGAACAAAAAUUUGAGGUCAUUAGCCUUGGAACUGGAACCAAGUUUAUAAGUGGAGAGUACAUCAGUGACCAGGGACUAGCAGUGAAUGAUUGCCAUGGGGAAAUAAUUGCUAGAAGAUCCUUUUUGCGAUUUUUGUACUCACAGCUUGAGCUGUGUGCUGAGGGAUAUGAGGAGGAGUCCAUAUUUGAGAAGAAAAAGAGUGGAUUAUUUGGUGUGAGAGAUAAUGUUGAAUUCCACUUGUACAUCAAUACAUCACCUUGUGGUGAUGCUCGUGUUUUUUCGCCACAUGAGCCUAUCAUGGGUGAAUCUGACAAGCAUCCUGGAAGAAGAAAAAGAGGACUUCUCCGAGUGAAGCUUGAAAAUGGAGAAGGUACUAUUCCUGCAAUGAAAGCUGACACAACCAUCCAAACUUGGGAUGGUGUCCUCCAAGGCGAAAGGCUCCGCACCAUGUCAUGUUCGGACAAAGUCUGCCGCUGGAAUAUACUUGGGGUGCAAGGAGCACUGCUAAGUCACUUUCUGGAACCGAUAUAUCUACAGUCAGUUGUUCUUGGUAGCUUGUACCAUUACGAGCACAUGUCAAGAGCCAUGUAUCAUCGUCUAGGUGAUCUAGAAGGAUUGCCUCCUCUCUUCAAACAGAAUCGUCCACUUAUGAAUGGAACAAGUACCCCAGAGCCACGGGCAACAGUGAAGUCACCAAACAUUAGUGUUAAUUGGAGCGAAGGAGACCAGGGCUUUGAAAUUGUAAAUGCUACAAAAGGAGUGAUUGGAGAUGGACAGGCUGUGUCAAGGCUCUGUAAACAAAGUUUAUUCAAACGUUUCAUCCUGCUGUGGAAGAAACUAAGACCAGCAAUUGCAGGGCCAUUGUCAUACCAUGGCGCCAAGGCUGCAGCUGGUCAGUAUCAAGCAGCUAAAAUGAUUGUGAUGAAAGGAUUUGAAAGCCAAGGCCUUGGUUCAUGGAUUAGGAAGCCUGUGGAACAAGACAUGUUUGAAUUCUCUGAGGAGGAUCUCUAAACCGAGCAGCUGGAAGUCAAGUUAUUGCAAAUGUUUCAGAAAGGUAAAAUCAGUGUUUAGUGAAAGUAAGUACUUCUUGUACAAAACAUUGUAUUUCUUACCUAACACUUUCAAUUCUCUUCCUAAAAGAAAUUACUUAAACUUCAAAAUGAUUGGAGUUUGUACCUUUUAGAUUCAGGUUUUAAAGGGAUUAUGAACACAGCAGAAAGGAAAUAUUUUACUGAGAUGCAUUUUUGGAUGUAUUUAGAUGUAGCACUUAGUAAAAAUCUUGGUUAUUUGGACACUCAAGUGACAUUACAGUUAUCAUCAAGAAUGUGAAGUUUCAUUUUCAUCUGUUUCAUCAGAAUGCCUUUUUAUCUGAAAAGAUCAGAUAAGU